ACAUACAUACAUGUAUAUAAUGGUAGAUUGUAGCAAAGCCAACGAAAAUGAUAAAUUAUUCUAAGAGUUGAUAGCACGUGGUCCGCGAGAAUGUUAACACAUUUGUACAAUUACAGAAUGCUACUAUGCUAUUUCUGUGACAAUGUAUGCUCUAUAGAAGCAAGCGCUACAUGUAUAAUUUGAGGGGAAAAACCCAACUUUUGGCUACAGUAGAGAUAGGUAUAGUAUACAAAAUGUAUUUUGUUAUUCUGUCCAGAUUUAUAAACAUGGCUGAGGGUGGUGAUUUGACUUCAAUAAAAGAUGGCUCGGAUGCUGACUUUGUUUACACAUGUUCACCAUGUGGGGAGGAAAAUGUCACAGAAGAGGCCGUCAAGUAUUGCCCUGUGUGUGAGGAAUAUUUGUGUACUACAUGCCUACGACAUCAUGGUCGACUAAAAGCUUCACGGUCACAUACAGUUCAAGAUUGUGAUGCUUCAACAAAAGGGUCAACAGUAACCAUGGUUACCAAGUGUCGUUACCAUCCAGAUCGUGACAUUGAAAUGUACUGUGGAGAACAUGAUAUGGUGUAUUGCACGAAAUGUAUUGCCACAAAUCACAG